AUGAGGAAAGAGAAGCCAGUUGCAUUCACUUCUCGGACAUUGUCUCCAACCGAGCGUAAAUACUCAACAAGCGAACGUGAAGCUUUAGCGUGUGUGUAUGCCUCAGAACAUUGGCAUAUUGUACUCUACGGUAGGAAAUACACACUACGCACUGACCAUGAAGCGCUCAAAUCAAUUCUGUCAACAGUAGGCUCCGGUCAUAAACCACUACGUAUCUAUAGAUGGACUGAUCGUCUUUUGCAGUACAACUUUGAUGUCGAGCACAUGCAAGGUAGUAAGAACUUUGUCGCAGAUAUGCUAAGUCGUCUUGUACGCACUACGGACAACACAGAAACUGAAAAUGACAUUCUCGAAAUUAACUUAGAUGGGUUAGUCACAGCUAGCGAACUCCAAACACAGUCUCGUGAUGAUCCGCUGCUUCAACGAGUUGCCACAUAUGUUCAAAAUGGUUGGCCAAAAAGUGUGCCACCAAAUCUCAAAGUAUUCGCCAACCUCCGCGAUGAGCUUACAGUAUGGAAUGAAUACUCUAUUGCCCGUAGUUCACGUGCAGUUAUUCCUGAAGCCCUGCAGGAACGAGUCCUACGAAUGGCCCAUGACGGACAUCCAGGUAUAGUUCGUAUGAAACAGCGAUGUCGUGAAACAGUAUGGUGGCCAGGUAUGGACUCUCAGAUCGAAGAUUACGUCCGCAAUUGUGAGCCUUGCGCUAUCAGUGGCAAGUCAGCUAGACCAAAACAACCACCACUUCAACCAACGCCAUGGCCGACAGAACCAUGGAACUCUAUACAAAUGGACAUAUUUGGUGAGAUAGCCAUAGCACCACAUAGUCAACGUUUCUUAGUUGUAGUACACGACCUACAUUCCAAAUGGCCUGAAGUGGCAACAACAGGAACGGUCACAUCUACAGCAGUUAUUAAGAUUCUUAAAGAACUUUUCACUCGAUGGGGAUUUCCAGAAGUCAUCACUACUGACAACGGACCUCAGUUUACCUCAGAGGGAGUUUGA